AAAACACCGACACAGGAAGAAGAAGAAUGACGUCAUUGGAUAGCGGCGCCGUGGUGGACUGGAAUGGGACCUGAAGAUUUUCCCCAAAUUUUGAUAGCUUAAUCCAUGAAUGGCGCCGAAACAGGACCCGAAACCUAAAUUUCAAGAAGGUGAAAGAGUGCUGUGUUUUCAUGGGCCAUUGCUGUACGAAGCUAAGUGUGUUAAGAUUAAUAUCAAGGACAAACAGAUCAAGUACUUCAUUCAUUACAGUGGUUGGAAUAAGAACUGGGACGAAUGGGUUCCUGAAAGCAGAGUACUGAAGUAUGUGGACAGCAAUCUUCAGAAACAGAAAGAGCUUCAGAGGGCCAAUCAAGACCAUUAUGUAGAAGGGAGAAUGAGGGGAGCUGCACCGAAUAAGAAGAUCCCUCCUGCAUCGCAGAAAAACGAUUUGAAAACCAAAAAGAACAAACAGAAGACUCCUGGAGCUGGAGAAGGAACAAGUUCAGGAGGAGAUCCAACCCAUCCGCCGAGGAAGAAACGAGCACGAGUUGACCCAACCGUCGAGAGCGAAGAAACUUUUAUAAACCGAGUGGAGGUUAAGGUAAAAAUCCCAGAGGAGCUUAAACCAUGGCUCGUGGACGACUGGGAUCUGAUUACACGUCAAAAACAGCUUUUUCACCUUCCUGCCAAGAAAUCCGUUGAUGCCGUCCUCGAAGACUAUGGAAACUACAAGAAAUCAAGAGGAAACUCUGACAGCAAGGAGUUUGCUGUGAACGAGGUGGUCGCUGGCGUUCGGGAAUAUUUCAACGUCAUGCUGGGGACGCAGCUUCUCUACAAAUUUGAGCGGCCUCAGUACGCAGACAUCCUGGCCAACCACCCAGAUACUCCCAUGUCUCAGAUCUACGGCGCCCCUCACCUACUCAGACUCUUUGUGAGAAUCGGGGCCAUGCUGGCGUACACUCCCCUGGAUGAGAAGAGUCUAGCUCUGCUCCUCAGUUAUCUGCAAGACUUUCUCAAGUAUCUUGUUAAGAACUCGGCGUCACUCUUCAAUGCAAGCGACUACGAAGUCGCCCCACCAGAGUAUCAUCGCAAGGCGGUCUAAGAUUCCUUAUUUUAUUUUUUUUUUGGUCUGAAACCUUUUGUGUGUUAAUGCUCGCAGAGGGAUACUCGUUAUCAGUUGAAAGAAUGUCAUUUCAACACUUGAGGAGCAGAUUUUGUAAAAAAUAUUUUCGACGACGAGAUGUGUGAAUGAAGUUUUUUUUAUUUUAUUUUUUAUUUCCAUGAGUAAAGCUGCUGAGAACACGUUGUCCCCCCUUUGUUUGGUAUGUUUUUGAUUACCACUGUUAUGUUUGCCUUGUUCUUUUGUCUAACGUUAACCAACAUCUUUUCACAUUUGGACGUCACCGUUAUUACUUCUGUUUCCUGACUUGAAAGGGAUGUUGGUUACAAAUGUCCUGCAGUUAUUUUCUAAUAAAAGUCUUUCAUUCUUUA